AUGGGGAUAAUAUGCAGAUAGGGCGUUUUUAAAGUCCACCUUUUGUCGUGGACAGUUGGCGCACGUUAGCGAGGUUUUCUCUCGCACUGGACCUGGCAAGCUUUCACUCUAGCGUGAGUUUAAGCCUGGCUUAUUUGGUCGUGUUUUAUUCGCUUUUUCAGAGCAAAGCUCUUAUAUAUCGGAUGAAAUCUCGUCCAUGUCUCCAUCCAAGUGCUGAAACGGGCCUCUGCUGGCAAACUGCGUCACCGAGUGGGCGCUGCAGGUAUUCAUCUGUAAAUCUGCAUGUUGGGAAGUCUAGCCAUGGCACGAAUGACCUGGAAACCAAAGUGACUGAACUUUUAAAUCACCAUGGAGCCGGGGUCUAAUUCAACCUCAGAGGCCCACCAAGAGCCAAAAUAUCCAUCUGUGCCCAACUCUCAGUGUGAACUGGCCGUGAAUAUGUAUGAGGCUUUGGGUGAUGGAAAUGUCAAUCUCGUGGACUCGGUUGUGAGAGGUGGGAGUGACCCCAGCGCAUACCCUACCUCCAGUUAUCAGAGGAGCGUGCAUCAGAGAUUCAUCAGGAGAAGUCUGUGGUUUUCAGACGCAGAGGAGCAGGCCUUUGAAGCGCCCGAAUGUGAUAACAGGAGUAAGAUCCUAAACAUAAACCUGCGAACAAUAGUGGACAGGACGCGGGGGACUAGUUGUGGGAUACAGGAGGGUUCCAGUACUGAAAGUCAAGCUGGGCACAAAGACAGCGCGACAGAGAGCGCCAGUGCCGAUGAGGAGAAGGAGAAAGGUGGAGAUGUGUUAAAUGUUACAUGCAGUGAUGGUGGUAAAGCUGCCAUCAAGGCAGCCAGCGAAGAGAACGAGGAGGAAGCAGAGAUGAAGGCGGUCUCCACAUCUCCAGGAGGACGGUUCCUCAAAUUUGACAUCGAGCUGGGGAGAGGGUCCUUCAAGACAGUCUACAAAGGCCUCGAUACUGAGACCUGGGUUGAGGUGGCCUGGUGUGAGUUGCAGGACCGUAAGCUGUCAAAAGUGGAACGCCAGCGCUUUAAAGAGGAGGCAGAGAUGUUAAAGGGUCUUCAACAUCCCAACAUUGUUCGUUUCUAUGAUUUCUGGGAGUCACCUCUUAAAGGAAAGAAGUGCAUUGUUUUAGUAACAGAGCUCAUGACUUCAGGAACGCUAAAAACCUAUCUGAAGCGGUUCAAGGUAAUGAAGCCCAAGGUGUUGAGGAGCUGGUGCAGACAGAUCCUGAAAGGCCUCCACUUUCUUCACACCAGGACUCCACCAAUCAUCCAUAGAGAUCUCAAAUGUGAUAACAUCUUUAUUACUGGACCUACAGGAUCAGUGAAGAUAGGGGAUUUAGGACUAGCAACACUCAAGGCAGCGUCUUUUGCUAAGAGCGUCAUAGGCACUCCGGAGUUCAUGGCUCCAGAGAUGUACGAGGAGCACUACGAUGAGGCUGUGGAUGUCUACGCCUUUGGCAUGUGUAUGCUAGAGAUGGCCACCUCAGAAUAUCCGUACUCUGAGUGUCAGAAUGCUGCUCAGAUUUAUCGUAAAGUUACGAGUGGAGUGAAGCCAGCCAGCUACAACAAGGUCAUGGAUCCUGAAAUCAAGGAGAUCAUUGGGGAGUGUAUCUGCCAAAAGAAAGAGGAACGGUACACCAUUAAGGACCUCUUGAACCAUGCUUUCUUUGCUGAGGACACGGGUGUGAGGGUGGAGUUGGCGGAGGAGGAUGAUGGGAAAAAGGCCUCGAUAGCUCUCAAACUGUGGGUAGAAGACCACAAGAAGUUAAAAGGGAAGUACAAAGAGAGUGGAGCCAUUGAGUUCAUGUUUGACCUGGAGAAGGAGGUCCCUGAGGUUGUGGCACAAGAAAUGGUGGAGUCUGGCUUCUUCCACGAGAGUGAUGCAAAGACUGUGGGAAAGUCGAUCAGGGAUCGUGUGGCACUGAUCAAAUGGAGAAGAGAGAGAACAGCGUCCGCUGCAGUUCUAAUGGAUCGGGGUGAGGGAGGACACAGGCUCCAGAUGACACCAUCUCAGGGCACCUCUGCUGGGGCUCCACAUGUAGGACAGCCCCUUUUGCUGGAACCAGAAGAGCCAGAGGCAGACCAGCACAACAGGCUGCAUAACCUACCAGCCAGUGCCACCUCAGUGACAUCAGACGGCACACUUGAUAGUGGCAUGGGCUCCACUGUGUACUCAGACUCCCACAGCAGCCAGCAGAGUGUCCUCUACCAGUCCCUGCUGGAGCCUAUUACUAUGGCAACACAGCAGUGCCAGAGCAGUAGCCCUUGUCUGACAGAUCGACCUCACUCCUGUGGAAAGAGUGAAUUGCAGGGGACAACGUUGGGCCCAGGGCUCAGGACUCAAUUGGGAGCUGCAGGCCGGAGAGGAAGCGCCCCUGUUAUUGACACUCAAAGGGCAAACCACAUUGCUCAACUCCAUGCCCUCAUUCAGUCUCAGAGACCAAUCAGUCCAACCCCUACGGUACCAGAGAACCAGUUGGAACUCAGCCCUACUAAGUUUCACUCAGAGGCUGCGGAUGGGUUUCCCGCCCAGAUUGCUCUGCCAGUGCUGAAAGUGUCACCUGUAUCUUCGCCUUCUGAGUACCGCCGUCUUAGUGAUACCAGCAUCAGACCACCAUCAGAGGCCACCAGUGAGAAUUUAAUGCUGCCUGCGGCUGGUGGGCGCAGACACUCUGACCUGAGUAGUCUUUUGAGCCUAACCUCUCAUCAUAGCCACCAUUUAGCAAUGCAUAGAAGCCCCAUGUGCCAGGCCUGCCUUUCUUUGCUUCUAUUGAAGUCACAAGAUGGGAGCCAUCGCCGCCUUUCUGUUGUCAUGCCAACACACCACUGUCCUUGUGACUUUAGACACCAUCCAAAAGGACACCUAAAAGGUUCAAGCGAUUCCAAUUUCUCACUGCUGCAGCAGUCCCUAUUUAAUAUAAUCAGCCGCAAGGCAGCCCCUUGCCACACCACACCCACCCAAGCCUCCCUGCUGCACUCCUCAGCUGCCCACAGGCCUACCGGCAGCAAUGAUGACUGUGGCCUUAAGAGUCCUCUCCAGUUUGGCAGUUUGGUUGGGGACCAAGAAUCUCUCCAGGAUUGUGAGGACAGAUGCUGUGCCACAGAGCAACAAGUUACCAGGGCUGUAGGAGUGGCCAGUUCUGUAGGUCACCAGAAUCAACCCUCUGUCCACGGCCUUCCCUCUUCCAGCACAGCAGUGAACACACCACCGCAGUACCUCCAACCUGGACACAGCUACCCUGCUGCUCCAUAUGCCGGUCAACCCAGUGCUGCAACACCAGCUCCAGCCAGUCUAUGUUCAGUCAACAUCCAGCACGGAGCCGGUGCUGUUAGCUACACACCUCAAAGUGUGCAGCAAUCCCAAGCUGCAGCUAGUAUUGCAGCAUCAGCUGUGCCGCCACAUGUGGCACAGAGCUAUCAAGCACUAGGCCACCAACAGCAGCAGGCAACAGCCACAAGCUCUUUGACUUUUCCUUUGCAAGUUCAGCAAACUUGCCAAAACUCUGUGGCCCUAACUCAAGAAAAGGCUCAGUCUGCAUCAGGAUAUCCUGCAUCAGUCCAACAACAGAAUGCAGCAAACACCUUGCCAGCACAGCAGCCAGCACAAAGCUGCCCUCUUGCAUCUGUAGCCCCAAAUAUGGCAGCCACAAUUCAGUGUCAACCUGCACAAGCUCCCAGCGCACUGCAGCAGGUCCAAGCCUCAGUCAAACUGCCCAGUCAGCAGCCUGGUCAAAGCUCCUCCACACCAGCACUUUACAGUCAGCAAAUAUCCAUUCAGCAAGAACACCAACAGCCCUUACCACAAAACACGCAAUCCAGUAUACAACAUGUGCAAAAUGCUGCUCAGGCUUAUAUUCAGCCUCAACUCCAGCAUAACCAAGAAACCAUGCAUACCAUACACCAACAAAUGGCACAACAGCCUACUAUCCAAUCUCAAAGUUUUCAUUGUUCUACACAGCAACAAGUACAAACCCCACCUCUACAGCAGCACAGUCAAACAACCAUGCAGACAGUGAUUCCACAGCAGAGUCAUGAUGUAUCUCAGUAUCAGCCCCAUCCCACAGCAACCCCAAUUGCAGCCAAACAUCAGAGUUACCCUGCUGCAGGGCCACCUGAUGCUGUCUCUCAGAGCUAUGCACAGUCUGCCCACCAUCAGACUGCUCCAGGUCAGAGUCGGCACCUACCUGCACAUUCUGUUGCUGCCCCAGAGAAUUACGGAGGAGCUAGCCGGGUAGCGACUCAUCAGAGCCUUCCAAAUUCUUCCCAGCAAAGCCAAGCUGCACAUAUCACGCAACAGAAUAUCCCCUCUGGUCAGAUCAUUUCACAGCAUGGACAAGAUGGACAGGGCCAUGGACAGAAUAUCAGCCAGACAGCUUCCAGUGUGCCAGCACAGGCACUUCCUCCUCAACAGUUAAUGACUCAGACUACUGUCCACCAACAACUGCAGCCUCUGCAGAUUUCAGCCUCACUCCCACCAUCACACCAGACCCAGCAGGUUCCUCAACUGGCCCAGAACAGCCAUCCUGAGCUUGUCUCCUGCACUGAACCAGCCCAGCCUGCUAAGCUUACACAACCCACAACCUUUUCCUCACCUGUGCUGAACGGGACAGAAAUGGGCACAGCCACAACGGCUUCCCAGCUGGACAACGUAAGCCCAUGCCAGCUGCCCCCACAGGCCCAGCCCCAGAGUCAGGUUCAAAGCCAAGUUCCUGUGCUGCAGUCCUCUGAUUCUCAGAGAACAUCGUCUGGGUCUGCCAGUUCCAGUUUGACUCAGCAGAAACCGCUCAGUACUCACGCAGGAGCUGCAGGUCAGGCUCCAACAGAGAUAAACACUGAGGAUCAAGGUGCGGAGAAACAGACUGGAGGACAUAGCUAUGACAGUGUCAACUCUGAUGCUACAUCAGGAAAGGAAAUGAGCGAUGGUUAUGAAGGGAUACAUGGAGGUAAAGGUGACAGUAAAGUCCGCAAACACCACCGCAGGUCCACACGCACUCGUUCUCGGCAAGAGAAGAUUAGUAGACCAAAGCUCAGCAUGCUCAAUGUGUGUAACACUGGGGAUAAAAUGGUAGAGUGCCAGCUGGAAACUCAUAACCAUAAAAUGGUCACAUUCAAAUUUGACCUCGAUGGAGAUGCACCCGAAGAGAUUGCUACAUACAUGGUUGAGAAUGAUUUCAUUCUGCCUCUGGAAAAAGAGGUCUUCAUUGAGCAGCUGAAGGACAUUGUGGACAAGGCUGAGGACAUGCUGAGUGAGGACACAGAGGGUGAGAGGAACUCUGACCAGGGAUGCAGCCCCAAACAGAAUGAAGGAGCUAGUAUACUGCGAACAGAGGCUUCUGCACCCAGCACCCCACAGCUAGUGUACCAACAAAAUGUCCUCCACACUGGUAAACGCUGGUUUAUCAUCUGCCCUGUGGCCGAAACACCCAUGCUGGACAAAGAGAAUACUACAUCGCACUCCUCUACAGCCCAGGAAUCUGAAAAAUCUGGCUCAUUGUCAGUCAGGCCCAACAGCAACACAGCUGCAGUGACUACCCCAGUCGCAUCUUUAUCCUCCCAAAGCCAGUCCUCUUCCUCUUCUCUGCCCACUGCAGCUCAGACUUCAGUGCAGCCUUCGGACCAAAUCGCUGGCCAAGCCCGGGUCCAGCAGACGCAGCCCUGUGUAAAUAAACAUGCCCAUGCUGCUGGUGGCAUGACCCAUCAAAACUCACUUCCUGCGGAAGAACCUUGUAUCUCUGCUGUCUCUAUGGUAACAGAUAUGCCAUGCUGCGCUAUUGUACCACCUGUCUCUCUGGAUGUGAAUGCCUUUGAUAAAGUAGCAGCUGGUGGUUUGGUCUCAUCUCAAACUAAUCAACCAGUUCAGAAGGCCAGCCCAAUUGGAGAACUACCCCCUCAGCUGGCCUCCCAUCAGUCUGUGGUCCUGCAGCAACCCUAUGCCACACCCAUGCAGCCUGGCACAGUGACCUCCCAGCCCCAGAGUCCAGCACAUCAGACCUCCCAGAACUCCCAGUCAUCAAGCCAGCAGCAGAGUGGGGGGCCAGGGGAGUCAGACAGUGAGGGGCCUCGCAGGGUGGAGUUUGUUGACCGCACCAUCAAGACCUUGGAUGAGAAGCUGAGAAACCUGUUAUACCAAGAGCACACUCCCUCCCAGCCCUCCAGCGCUACGUCUGAUGCCCAGGCCUCCAGCACAGAAGGAGUCAGCUCCCCUCCAGUCUCAGAUGGGCAGAGCACUGAGGGACCACUUACAAAGAAGAAGGGGGAACCACUGCCUCAGAUUCCUGAGCGCACAGAUAGUGUGGGUGCAUUAAGUGACUCUGCAGUGGCAGCCACAAACAGGGUUUUGAACAAAAGAGAUGUGACGACUGGCUCCAGUUCUUAUAGCUCCAAAAGCCGUUUUCAAAUCAUCCCAACUCCACCGGAUGUCAUUUGUCGUUUGGAGAAAAGCAAGACAAGCUGCAGCACCUGCAGUUCCCCAGCCCCCUCUAGUGGUUCUGGAGGGUCUCACAGUCAGACCCAGAGUACGAGUCUGAAAGAGAAGGGCUGUGCAGCUGUACGUACAUCCUCUGUGACAGCUGGAGCUGAUGAUGAGAAUGCAGGAACAUCCAAAUCUCACAAUAGUAACCGUUACUCUGCCCCACCAAACUUCUACCAGGCCACACCCACCUCUAGUCCCGAUGCCACCCCACGCCAUAUCCCCCGGGCCCAGACCAUGGACGCUUCGACCCAUCACCACUGUCACCACUCGUCUCACCUCUACUCUGACUCUGCAGAUGAGGACAGCAGCAGCAUAGCCCCUCCUCCAGCGCACCCUGCUCCUCCAGCUCAUACCCUUUCUGAGCACAGUGGAAGUGACCUCAUGAAGAGGGCCGUUGCCUUCUUGAGGAGAUCUGGUAGGAGCAAAAGUGAGCAGAGCUCUGAUUCACCAAGCCGUCAACCGGUGGCAAUGAAUGGUCACACUCCUUCGCCGUCUGCUGGACAUGCCCACUCAUCUUACAUCAGCAGUGACAAUGACUCCGAGUUUGAAGAUGCAGACAUGAGGAAAGAACUGCAGAAACUUCGAGAAAAACACAUGAAGGAGAUCUCGGAGCUGCAGGCGUUCCAAAGGAGUGAGAUUGAGCGUCUGUACACGGAUCUGGGAAAAACUCUGCCCCCCAAUGUCAGUCUUCUUCAUGCUGCACCCCCAACUGGUCGUAGGCGCAGGGCCAGCAAACACAAGCUGAAAGCUGGAAAACUGCUCAAUCCGAUGGUGCAGCAGCUCAAAAACAACCUCAACGCCACCAGUAUUGAGAGGAAAGGUGAUAGCGGUGCCAGUUCAUCCGGCUCCCCAGCUAAAAGCUCAGUUCUGUCAGAUGGCUCUGCCCACUCCAGUGGCAGCUCCAGCUCCAGCAAUCAGCCCAGCUCCGCCCCAGAGCAGGUCCACACACAGCAACCCUGUUCCUUGAAGGGCUCUUUCUCCUCAGACAACAUCUACGCUGGGCUUCAUGGUGAUGGAAUAGCCAACCAAGCUGGCCCUGGCCAAGGGUCCACUCUGAAACGACUAUGUCUAGGCAAAGAGCGCAGUAGUAGGUCCUCUCUCAACACCACCACAGCUCAGACAGCCUCGGGUCAGACCCAGCCGUCGCUCACUGCUGCCACACCCUCACCCUCUCCUCAACCAAUUACACGGCUCGCACAGGUCCAGACCAACAACAGCAACAACAAGAGAGGCACGUUUACAGAUGACCUUCACAAACUGGUGGAUGACUGGACAAAGGAGACUGUAGCAGCGGCGAGUCAACCACGACCCUCCCUGAACCAGAUAAAACAGCAGAGACGCCAGCAGGACCUGGAAGGCAGAGUGCCACCUACCGGAGCAGUUCAACGUGAGAUGAAAUGCCAUGUUGGUCCCAGCAAGUUCCAGCUGCCACUUUCAUGCCCCCUGACUGCUGCUUUAGGCCCUGGUAUGCCUGCAUCUCUAGCUCCAAACUCCUCUGCAAUGCUCUCUCCUGGCUACCUUCUGCCAGUAGGCUCCUAUGGCGGGAUGGUUCCUGGUCCUCUUUAUGCCCAGCAGUGGCCUGGCAUGCCUAGCCCUGUAGGGUCUGCGGUUCCUGUAGGCUUGCUUGGUGCUGCAAGAAUGAUGCCCUAUGCUACAAUGUCAAACCCAGGGAUUCAAGCCUACCCUCUGGUCAUGCACAAAACUGAGAACGGCCCCUGUCCAAAAACCACUAGGACUACCUGAUCUGCUCAAUGAAAUUUGUUAGUGUGUGUGUGUGCAAGACAGUCCAACUCUACUCUGUUCAUCGGAGCCACACAUGUACAUAGUCUGGUCUUGUAAAUAACAUGACGCAAGUGUUGAUAUUCUUUAUACACUGCAUAUAUCUGUAGUAAAUUGUGUGUGUACGUAUGAGCGUAUACUAUACAGUACAUGUUAAGUAAGUAUGUCUGAAUGCCUAAUGCUUUUUGGCUUUGGUCUUAACAGCCAUACGAGACGUUUUAUCUGCGGUCACAAAAAUCAUAUUUCACUUUAUUCUUCAUUACUGCAGUUUUCACAUUGCUUUUGCCUUUCUGUGUUGCGGACACUUUUUAAACACUACAUUGGAAUCCAAAUACCAGUGGCUUGAGACGCAGUAACAGGACAGUAUUUAUGAUGAAAAUAUUUGAACGAAUGUAGUGCCUUGAACAUUGAUUUAUAUAUUUUUUUUUCCUUUUGUGAAACAAAGCAUGUCUGCAUCCAAGUUAUUUUAUUUGAAGGUAGCUUGAGUGCAGUCUUUUUUUUUUUUUUUUUUUAAAUGCAUUACAGACAACUUUGUUUUUGGUUUACAUAUGAAUGCCCUUGUAGUACUGCACUAUUAUCACAGUAUAUAGUCUUAUUUAAAUCCUGUUUUAACUCUUUUUUUUUUUUUUUACUUUCCACCCCUGUGACAGAUGGAAUGCCAUAGUGGUGAGAUGUACCGAUGCCUUGCAGAAACAAAUGGUUAAUGUACAACUGAUGAGGGAAGGAAAAAAAAAAAAAAAAACGCCAGCAGCCAAAAUCCACUCAUUCAGGUGAAAUGGUUCAGCUGGACACAGCCUCUUUUUGAUAGGACAACAGAUGCGUAGGACAGCACGAGAGCUGUCAGUGUUGUAGCCUUGUGCUCAGAGGAAAGGCAGUGUCCAGAGCCAUACAUACUGUACAUAGUUCUUUCUACAGUAUAUGCCUCUGGUAGUGUUCUGAUCAGAAUGUAGCAAUUAAUAUGUGAAGGCUUGAGGCUCAAAAGUGCAAUUCAACCCCUCCACAAAGCUUUGAUCGUGGCCUUGCCACAAGCCUUAUCUCCGAUGUGUGCAACAGGAGCAAGCUGAGAAGUUGAACAAAGUUACAAAUCACCAAGCACCAGACAGUAGUUACCAAGAAAAGUAUAAAUAUUACAAACCACCCAGCAAACUCUGAAUUCACUAUUGCUAAAUGUUCUUUCAACUUGGCUCGUACUCAGCAUACACUGUAUGUAAAAUGUUCUGUGCAAUCAACAGUUAAGGCUGACGUUUUUAACUUAUUCGAUGUGUAAAGUGUGAUUUUUUUUUUUGUUUAUUUUUUUGGAAUGCUGCUAUUGUCUGUCAAGGUGAUUCCACUGUAUAGUCAAGCAUUCUGCUCACUUACGACGGUACUUCAAAAUAAGAGUCCUCCAAUUAAAUUAACAAAUGAAAUGCUCACAAAGCAGUGUUAUUGCCUUGUUGAAAUUUUGAUGUCUUGAUUUCACAGGUCGUUUUUAAAGACAGCCUCUUUUUUUGUUUGUUUUUUUUUCUUUUCUUUUCAAUAAUAUAUUGCAAAAUUCAAAUGAUACUUGAUGUGGGAGAUUUGCACAAAAUAUAGUCUCCCUUUAUUCUAUGUUAGAGUUCCUACACUGUAUAUAAUGGGUUUCGCCCGCCUGUACUUUUUUUAUCACUGACAAGCAUGGCCAACUUUUCAUGUUCCACAAAGCAAAGAUAAACAAUACAGCUACUAUGGUUAUAAUUCUCACUUCUCCACAACACAUUUGAAAGGUUUCAGCACCCCAAUCCUGCCAAGCUGUGAACUGUACAGUUUUCUUGUAGUUUGUAUUUGUACAUUUUGUUUGUUUGACUGUUUAGGGGUGGUGGUGGAGGAGGGGUUGCUUUGAUGUAUAUUAUUCCAUCAAUUCGGUUUGAAUUGGACUUUUAUAGGAUAUUAUGCAGAGUCUUCUGCUUUGGUGAAAUACUUCCAGUAGUAAGAGAUUUCUGUUCUCUGUCACUUGUAUCUGGUAUGUUUUGUUCCACCUCCCUCGCUGCAAACUCAUGGAGAGCAGAGGAGGGAACAGCUAUAGCUGGCAUAUUCAUUUGGAUGCAGUGAUCAAACUGGAGAGCUGAAGUGCACAGAGGAGGAGGAGGAGGAAGAGGAGGAGGAGGAGGAGCAGUGCUGACUCCUUUUCCUCUGCUCGUCUCACUUUUCUCUGGACAACAUUGCCCCCUGGUGAAUAUGCUCAGAUUGUCAAAAGCUUGUAUUCAAACUGUGUGGGAUUGCUUUUGCCUGCUGUAUGUCCCACUGCAUUACCCCACCCUAUCCUGCUGCACUCUUAUCACAGACUGUAUGUUGAGAGAGAGAAAUAAAUAUUAUUUUGUGCUUGA